AUGAUAUUCCAGAUCCGUGCCUGCGUCCUCUUGGCUCUUGCCACCAGCGCUCUCGCUGGCUACACCGGCUACGGCUUUGGCCAUGGCUACGGUCUCGGCUACGGCUACGGCGGCCUUGGAUACGGCUAUGGUCUCGGUUACGCCGGCUACGCUCCUGCUGUGCACACUGUCGCUCACGCUGCUCCAGCCGUCGCCACCGUCGCCCACGCUCCAGUCGCCACCUACGCUGCUGCUCCAGCUGUGACCAGGGUUGCUACCGCCUACCACGCCCCAGCCGUUGCCACCUACGCCGCUGCUCCAGCCGUGACCAGGGUUGCCGCCACCUACGCGGCUGCCCCAGUUGUCGCUGCUGCUCCAGCCGUCACCAGGGUUGCUGCCACCUACCACGCUCCAGCCGUUGCCACCUAUGCUGCUGCUCCGGUGGCCGCCUACCACGCCGCCCCAGCUGUUGCCACUUAUGCCGCUGCUCCAGCCGUGACUAAGGUUGCCACCACCUACCACGCCCCAGCUGUUGCCGCCGUGGCUCACGCUCCAGUCGCCACCUACGCUGCUGCUCCAGCCGUCGCCACCUACGCUGCUGCUCCAGCCGUCGCCACCUACGCUGCUGCCCCAGCUGUUGCCACCACCACCGUCCACCACGCCCCAGCUGUGGCCACUGUUGCCCACGCUGCCCCAGCUGUCGCUGCCUACCACGCCGCUCCAGUCUACAACUACGGUGUCGGAACCCUUGGUUACGGCGUUGGCCACUACGGCUACGGCCAUGGUCUCCUCGGCUACGGCCUGAACUACGGCUAUGGUCUUGGCUCUCCCUACCACUACGGUGCCCUUCUCCGCAAGAAGAAGUGUGAGUACAUCCUUUAG